GUUUUGCUGAUUAUUCCAUGGACGGUGCCGAGAUACAAAGAUAGUUUUUUCUCGCAUUUGUUGCGAUCGAUCAAGAACUAACCCGUGCCAAGCACCGCCAGCACCAAUGAAAGCUGAACUUUUUAAAAUUGUAUUACCCGUAAUUUUAUGCAUUUCGCUUACCAUAAUUUUAGUUCUCAAGCGAGUAGUUUUGCUCCAGAACAAGUCAUGCAAAUGUUUCUAACGAUGGUAGCGUGAACAAGUACAAAAUUCGAUACAUCGCUAGUGCCAUCGAUUUCUUACCAGCUCUAAUAAACCAUAAUGGGGACACAAAAUAGAGGCUGUAAACAAAUGUUCACAAUUUCAAACAUGACUGAAUUAGUUCGAGGUGAAGCGUCUGAAUCGGAUGAAGAAACACAUGUAAAAAGAACAAAUAUAUUUGCUUCAGAAGUUGCUGGCGAAGCAACUGAGUCAGAUGAAGAUCUAUAUGAGAAAAAGAUCCCAGCACUUUACAGCGAAAAUAUCCUGGCUGAAUCACGUUAUAAGAAUAAUUUAUUGCAACGGAAAUUAAUUGAAAAUAACAUAGCAAUAUACAAAAAUAUGUCAACGUUCGUGAAAGGCUUUGUAACGACUGCAUCUAAACAACUACUAAGUACGGAGCAACUGCUUAUGAAGUCACAGGUAACCUUGCAGUCAGUAUUAAGUUCGUUAAAAAACUCUCAGGUGAAUAUAAAGCAGCUGCAUGAAAAAAAUUCGAAUGUUUUCACUACAAACUUUUUAACGAAUAUUAACCUCUAAUUUUGUACAGAAAAAUAAAAAUAAAAUUAUUAAUUUGUAUGUGAA